CUUGACGCGUCGCGGCGCGGCGCGUCUCGGCGCGCGUCGCGGCGCGACGACCGGUGCGCGCGCCCUGGACGACGCGGUCGAUGCGCGCGGAACCGCUCGACGCGACGGCGUCGAACGCGUCGGCGUCGUCGCCGCGGGAGACGAGGAAACGCGCGAGGGAGGCGAUUUUCGCGCGCUUCGACGCGCUCGCCACCGCGCGCGGGGCGAAGCUGGCGAAGAGGCGAGGAAAAAGGAACUGCGUCGAGCUGGAGUUAGAGGCGUUGGGAGGCGUGAGCGACGAGACGCUCGCGAAGUUUGCGACGUACGGGGACAAAGUGCAGAAAAUGAUGCAAAAAGCGACGCCGCGAGGGGCGACGCCCGGGCUCGCGCCGAUUCGGUACGCGGCGCGAGGGACGCUUUUUAACGAGCCGUAUCGCGUGUCGGUGGACGAGCAAGGCGUGCAUCGCGUGGUUUGGGGGAAGGAAGGCGAGUCGCGCAGGGUCGUGCGGUCGAAAGAUGGGGCGCGUACCCCGCAAGAGGCGGUGGAAUGCGUGCACGUCGAAAUUCUGAGGCGAAUGAAUGAAAACAUUGCCUCAGUCAGCGACGAAUCGCAUGAUGGUACAUUCGAAGCCCGCAUAUGCAGAAAUUGUCUAUGCGACUGCUCGAAGACGCCACUGAUGCGUCGUGGUCCCGAUGGGAUCGGUACGCUUUGCAACGCUUGUGGGCUGUGGUGGAGUCGACAUCAAACGAUGCGCGAGUAUCCGUCGGUGGUGCCAGAAGAAACGCCGCACAAGGCGAUAUUUAUCCGAAAUCCAGUCAAAAGCCGAAGAGCACUGAAAACGUUAGACGUUUUUGGAUACUAUUCAUCGAGCGUGCAAGCGACGCUCGCCAAGGCUUGCGCCGCCGUGCUCCAAGAAGAACGGCGUUCACUUCGGCUUCCGCGCGUCAAGUCGAAACCAGACGUACGAUACGACUUCAAGCGAGCUAUCCACGACGUGUUCGAUCGGUGCGACUGUGUCUUCGCGGACUCCCCUUCUCAUUCAGAUGAUUUAGGAUGGGAACAUUACCCCCCAUCGAUCACAGACUUCGCAGCUGAACAACUCGAAGAACUCGAAGGAGUCAAACUCGAAGGAGUCAAACUCGAAGGAGUCAAACUCGAAGGAGUCGAACUCGAAGGAGUCGAACUCGAAGAACUCGAACUCGAAGAACUCGAAGCUUUCGCGUUCGGUUUCGAGCCCCCGCGGUUGGAUCCAGUCUGAU